CCUGUCUUGCAAAAAUUUAUAUAGUUGUUUGCCAUUUAUUAAGUAGUUCAUUCGAUUUCUUAAAUAUUAGCUCAAGAACAAAAACAGAACUAAUCAGUGUUGACUUCACAGUCCAAGAAGAUGCUCACAGGCGCCGUCGCGAGGCGUGCUGGCCUGAUCGGCAGGAGUAGGAUACGUUUUGGAGGAAAAAAGCCGGGGGUUUACAUGGGCCCAGUGUUUCCGGGAUUGAUGCAAUUCGCCUCACCUUUGCCGAAAGUGGUACUGUACAGGACAUUUUGAAGUUGGAAAAUUAUCACGUCGACAGUUUCGGAAUACUGAUCUGGGCAAUUGACCAUGACCAUGCAGAACAUAGAAAUAGAUAUUUGAUGAAGCAGGAGCGCAAAUUAGGGGGAACAAAAAAGAGCAAUGUUUCAUGCCAUGAUGUUUGCAGCAAUUCAUUAUGAUUACAGGAACUCAUAGACUACCAGUAUAUUUUCUUGAUGCUCGUUAAUAUUUAAGAGGAGGAAUAGAUGAAAUUAUACCAGUACUAUCAUAGUCUAUAUUGUUUUGAGUUUCUUUGAUAAACACAGCCAGCAGAGUUCGGGGCAUGGGAGCAUGACAAGCUAUGCCCAGAGACCAAAGAAGUGGUCUUUCCAUGGAGGUACUCCAUAGAAGAUACCUCUAUAUGUUGUAGUUAAAGUGCAAGUUGUGGUUUUUCCAUGUAGGAGUGGACGGUCUUUCCAUGGAGGUACCUGAAGAUACCUUAAUGGAACUGUCCCUGAAGAUACCUUAAUGGUCUUUUCAUGGAGGUAGUCAAUGGUGAAUGCAUUCCUGUGAAAAUGGUCGUUGUGACUUCUAUUUCUGGUAAGAACAACCGGUUACUUUUUCCCUCGUGGCAAACCUCUUGUCUAGUCUAUGUCAGACGAUUUCCAGCUUCUCCACAACAGGAUGGCGCAGCAUGAAGUCUACUUAUGGCCUCUUUGGUAAGCGUACAUUAGUUUCUAAUGGUACUACUAAGUAGUUCGUGUAUUUUCUUCAAUGAGGGGGCUCUGGCUCGUUCUUUCACCGAGGAGAAUAAAUCUGUAAGAUUAAUAGAAGCUACUGAUGCAGCGACGUAUAAAAAUUAGUAGCAAAUGACAGUACGGUUAAACAAGUAAUGACAUGACCUACACAUGCAGGAAACUGUUGGUUCUAUUUUUCGCUAGAAGAAAGAUAUUUCUCCCAAUCUCAGAGAGCCAUCUCUUCCAGUCUCCCAAGGUAGCAGAAAGAUAUUUCUCCCAAAGUUCGAAUAUUUUUAGAGAGAUGCUUCUCCCGAGUAUCUUCAGCUUUCUAAUCCUAUCCUUCUAGGUGGACCCAACCCAACCUUGUUCUGUCGUCCCAAGAAUGCUUUCUAAUGCUGCUUACGCCUUGGUGGAUCGAUUUUGGGAGGUGGGUUAUGUUUUCUGUAACCCUAUGGGGUUCGAUGUGGUACUACAACUACCGAUUCCUAUCCGUGAACCCGCCUAAUCUUAAGAUUCCACAUGUAGUUUUCGCAACUUUGUAGUACCUGUUAGGAGUUUUCUUCAACUGUUGAUCUCACAUCUUGUUUUCGCAACUUCUUACCGACUUUGCUACCUUGGCUAUCACGCUUUACGUUAGCGUUCUUCUUUCUCAGCUUCUUUGUCUGCUAACUUCUGCUUUACCAGCUUCUGUUUGCUUUCCUUGUUGCCUUAGUUGAUAUCACCUUGCUGGUAAGUACCUAGUCUAGUCUUAGGCCCCUAUCCUAUUCGUGAACCCGCCGAAUCUUAAGACCAGAGUCAAUUUACAUAACUCACCUCCUCAUAGGUGAGCCAACUCCUAUCCUAUCCUAUAACUUGAACUUGAUUGGUUGAGAGAGUAAGCAAGAUGAGAAUCGGUGAUGAUAGUGUGAAGAUGUGGCUCAUUGUUGUAGACGAUUGUUCAUAGCCUACACCGUCUAACUCGAUUAUUGUUGAUGAUCUUUCAUGUAGCUUGUAAUCGUUCCUAUUAUAAUCAUCUUUCGUCCAGUACAACUCUGACUUGAAAAUCAUGAUGAUUCAUCUCUUUUAGAUGCACACUGGGUGGCAUUCUCUAAAAACCCGCCUCGGUCGAAAGCCGAUGACUACGCGCACCGGCCCACUGUGCAUCCGCAUGCGGAGAAGGAUGACGAUUAGAUGCGGAGAAGGAUCGGAUCAUCUACUAAGUAGACGUUCGGCUAGUGACGAUUCCUUCAUCAGUAGUUUAAUCUUCAAACAGAAGUAUUAAGGCUUCCCCUCAUCCAUCUCUUCUGUAGGGGUCAGACAUCCCUGAAGCAGAACAGUAUGCGUCCCCAAUACAAAGGAGAAGAUGCUGACGGGGCAUGUUCUGCUUGAGGGAUUUCCACGGGGAUGAAUAGGGGAGAGGUCUAAAAGCAGAACCAUGCGCGGGGUUCUAUCGGUGCAACGUUCUUGGAAUGUGUGUGUGAGAUUGCGACUCUAGACGAAAAAAUGGACAGUAGCGGCUGCGUCUGUAGCAAUUACCUCCAUCAUUCUAGCCCAGAUGAUAAUUUACAGGACAUUUUUGCUUGUCUUUGGUCUUGCUUGGACCUCUUAAAAGUACUAGACCUGUAAGAGACAAGCACUGGAUGACGAGGAGGCUCAGUUGUUUGCGGAAGAUGGCAGAUGAAGAAAGGAGUCGUGUAGAGAAGAAAUCCUGCAAGUGCGAGGAACGUAUCCUGGAAGAAUCCUGAUUGAAUUUCUUUGUCAUCAUCGAU